UCAUCGGCCGAGGGGGGGAACAAAUCAACAAAAUCCAGCAGGACUCGGGCUGCAAAGUUCAGAUUUCCCCAGACAGCGGCGGCCUCCCCGAGCGCAGCGUGGCCCUGACCGGGGCCCCCGAGGCCGUGCAGAAGGCCAAGGCCCUGCUGAGAUGAAAUCGUGUCCCGAGGCCGGGGGGGGCCCCCGGGUCCCUUCCCCGACGCCGCCAACGGCAACGGGAGCGUGCAGGAGCUGAUGAUCCCUGCAGGCAAGGCUGGGCUGGUCAUCGGCAAGGGAGGGGAGACCAUCAAACAGCUCCAGGAGCGCGCGGGGGUGAAGAUGAUCCUGAUCCAAGACGGUUCCCAAAACACCAACGUGGACAAACCCCUGCGCAUCAUCGGGGAGCCCUACAAGGUGCAGCAAGCCUGUGAGAUGGUGCUGGACAUCCUGAGGGAGCGCGACCAGGGCGGCUUCGGCGACCGCUCGGACUACGGGGCGCGCCUGGGAGGGGGAAUCGAC